CUUCUCUUGGCCCUUGAAAAGAGCUGCUGAACAUUUAUAAAGUGAACGAGCUCUUACUGAGACUUGACUUCAGAGCCACUGGGGUGACCUGGUCUUUUGACACAGCAACGCACUGCUUCUUGCCUUCCAGGGAUGGCUCUGAGCUCUCGGGCGCAUGCCUUCUCCGUGGAAGCCUUAGUGGGGAGACCCAGCAAAAGAAACCUCCAAGAGGGCGGAGAGGAAGAGGAGGAGAGAAGGAGAAGCGCUGCAGGGAAAAGCGAGCAGCCGGAAAAACAGCCUAAGACAGAGCCCUCAACAACUGCUUCCUCUGCCUGCGGCAGCGACAAUGACAAUGGCAACAGCCCUGAAAGUCUGGAAGAGAAAGAUAUUCAAAUGGAGCUUCAAGGAUCUGAAUUGUGGAAGAAAUUCCAUGACAUCGGGACUGAGAUGAUCAUUACUAAAGCGGGCAGGCGGAUGUUCCCCCCUGUUCGGGUCAAGGUGAAAGGGUUGGAUCCCGGGAAGCAGUACUAUAUGGUCAUCGAUGUGGUGCCAGUGGAUUCCAAACGCUAUAAGUAUGCGUAUCACAGCUCACAGUGGAUUGUAGCCGGGAAUACAGACCAUUUGUGCAUCACUCCUAGAUUCUAUGUUCACCCGGACUCACCCUGCUCAGGAGAGACCUGGAUGCGGCAGAUCAUCUGCUUUGAUCGCAUGAAACUCACCAACAAUGAAUUGGAUGACAAAGGCCAUAUCAUUCUGCAAUCCAUGCAUAAGUACAAACCCCGAGUGCAUGUGAUGGAGCAAGACAGCAGUGUUGACCUGUCCCAGAUUCAGUGCUUGUCCACUGAAAGGGUUAAAACAUUCUCCUUUAAAGUAACUGAGUUCAUCACAGUAACGGCUUACCAAAACCAACAGAUCACUAAACUAAAAAUAGACAGAAAUCCUUUUGCUAAAGGAUUUAGAGAUCCUGGAAGAAACAGGGGUCUACUGGAUGGGCUUUUAGACACCUACCCAUGGAGGCCUUCUUUCACUCUCAAUUAUAAAAUCUUUGGCACAGACACACAAAGUGGAAGCAGUGGCUCAUCUCCAGUGGCCUCUAGUGGAGGGACCCCCUCUCCUUUGAACUCCUUACUUUAUCCACCUUGCUUUUCACCUAUGUUUCAUUUACCUACAAGCUCUCUUGGAAUGCCCUUGGACAAUGUCAACCUGCCUCUUUGCUGCAAGAGUUGUCCAACUAAUUUUUGGCAACAGCAACCUCUUGUUUUACCUGCUCCUGAAAGACUGGCAAGCAGCAACAGUUCUCAGACUUUUGCCCCACUCAUGAUGCAAGUGCCUGUGUUAUCUUCCCUGGGGGUCACCAAUUCUAAAAGUGAUUCAUCUGCAGACUCCAGUGAUCAGGGUCUACAAGCACCUAUUUCUACCGGUCAAAUGUUAUAUGGAUUACAGGCACCUGGAAGUAUUUUUCUGCCAAGCCCCAUCACCCAGGAAGCACUUGGUUGCUCCUUUCAUCCUUCCUAUGGCUUUUGGACAGAAUUCCUUAUGCCAUCUAGACUGAUAAAUGCUUCCAACCAUCUUAAAGUGAAUGACAACAGUCAAGUUUCUUUUAGAGAAGGCAAAUGUAAUGAUGUUUGUUGGUAUCCAGCAAUUAACCAUUACCUUUAG